AUGGCAAGAAAAAGAACUUCCCCUGUUCACAAAUAUUUUAAAUUUAAUAUUUCUACUGGGAAGUCAGUAUGUCAAAUAGAGUCUUGUGGACAUGAACUUGCAGGUGAGCAUGCAAAAAACUUAGAGCGCCAUAUAGAAAGUUUGCAUUAUGAAAUUUUUGAAAAAAAUUUGUCUGUGAAAUCAAGAGAAAUGGAAAAAAAGAAGAAAUGUAAUGAACAGAAAACUAUUAAGCAAAAACCAAUGACACAAUCAAAACUACAUUUUGAAAAUAAGAAUUUAAAAUGUAUUACCAUUGAGCUUACAGCAAACCAACUUAUGAAUGCAUGCACUGAACUAGUCACGGUCAAUGGAAGACCGUUUGAACUUAUAGAGGAUAGUGGAUUUCGUAAAAUUUUAAAUCCUUUAUUAAAAGGUUUGGCUGGUUUGGAUAAUGGCUGCAAUGUUAUUAAUAAACGUAAUGUAAGGUCAAAUGUUAUUGAUAAAUCAAAUGAAGUUGUGGCAAAUAUUAAAGAUUUGGUUAAAAAUAAAUUAAGAUGUAAUCAUAUAUUUGAUACAAUUAACUAUUAA